ACUCAGGGGAAUAAGUACCUGGUGUUGCUCUGAGCUGUGGUGUUGGUGGCAUAGGCAGCAUGUCUCCCAUGCUGUGGGAGCUGUGAGUAGGCCGGCAGCUGUAGCUCCUAUUGGAUUCCCAGCCUGGGAACUUCCACAUGCCGCAGGUGCAGCCCUAAAAAGCUAAAACAAAUAGAUACAAAUUUAAAAGGUGGUUAAUAAGUGAAACGGCAGGCGCAAAGCCCCCUUAACUCUUUCCAGUGGGACAUGUGACGUGGUCUUGUUUGAGAGGAGCAGAAGUGACUGCGUUUCUGUCUGAUCUUUAGUGUUUCCACUAACCAUUCCAUUGCCUCCUAAAGGCCAGUGCCUUGGGUUGCUGAAGUUGUGACUAUUUGCCAUCUUGGGUCCUUGAAGCAGGUAACCCAAGUGAAUUUGCCAUCUCCCAGGGAGUCGCAGCCUGUUCGAUGUCCUCGUCAUUCGCAAACAUCACUAAAAUGGCUUGUCUCAGCUCUUCUGCCUUCAUCGUGGCAACGAACCUGUGAUUAGGAAAUGCCAGUGCUUCUCCAUCCCAACCCUCACUGACACAAAUGACUGCAUCUGUGUUUGAAUAAUAACAUCUCCCCGUGAUGGCCUGAUCUUGGCAGUAAGGCACUGCUCCCGGCACCUGAAAGCCCAUCAGAGAGUUGGAGAAAACACCCCCAGAGAAAGAAAAGCAGUGCAGUCGAGAGCAGGGGAAGGGGUGCUAACAACAGACCACAGCGAUGCCUCACUUUGCUCUGGAUGCAGCCUUGUCCUGAAAAUCACAGUUCUCUUCCUGUUGGACCUGAGCCGCAUCCCAGCGUUACCUGUAGAGUCACCCCGCUCCAGGAGAGAACAAUUGUAUUUUCGAUCCAGUGUUCCCUGACAUUCAGCUGUGGGAUCCCGGUGCUUUUGGACAGAAGAGCUUGUGGCCAAGGCUCUUGGGUGGCUCUGCUGCCCCCAAGUGGUGUGGGAACCUGGGAGAAUCUCCCUAUCUCCAUGAGUCACAGUGUCUUCAUCAGGAAGAUAAAGUCCUUCCGAUACUCGAAAUUCCUCUCCUGCUGAGGAGCCUGAACUGAGUCCACACACUGAACUCACAGACCUGCAGGAGGAGAUGGAAGAAAGAAAAUCAGCAGGUUUUGAGGAUGCGAAGAACCCAAGUAAUGGCAGAGGAGGUGCUGUGCAAGAGAGAUUGCUGCAGUGGCAUCCAGGACUGUCAGUGGAAGUGGGGAAUGACAUGACACCACCUUUCGGACACCCAACUGGCAAGAGGUGACAAGGCAGUCCAUAGACCAGCAGUCUAUUUUACUUACCACGCAUAUAUCCGACAAGGAAUUUCUCCAAAAUAUAUGAAGAACUUUUACACAUCACACAAGAAAUUGUAGACACCGUAAAUUCUGAAUGAGCAGAAGAUUUGAAGAGGCGCUUUAGAGUAGAAGAUGUCCAAAAUGACGCAUCGGCUCUUGGAAACCCAAAUGGGAAAGCACGGCAGGUCUCAGAAUGGCUGCAGUGAAGGUGCAUGUGCCUCGGAGACACAGCGCCUAUCUCCAGAUGAUAAUUUGUUCAGCAAUAUUCAUACCUCUUUUAUGCAUAAUCAUCAACAAUACAUGUCUUUGUCAUCAGAAAAAUGGAUAAUCAAAUUGUGCUAUACUCCUAAAACAGAAUAUCUCUUAGCAUAAGUGUACAACCAAAUGACUGAUGCAACCAAUUGCGAUGGAGCCUCAAAACCAGACAUUGGUUGAAAGAACACAGAGAAAGGGACCCUCCUGCAUCGUUACAAUUCAGUGACAUGCAAGAAUAAAGAAAACUCAUCUGUGGGGAGAGGAUUCCGGCCCUGUUUGUCUGUGGAAGAUGGGAAUUGACUGGCCCUGGCUCUCCUGCCACGUGUCACCAUGGCAGUGUCUCUUGGCCCUUUGUCAGACUUGAGGGCCCAACACAAACUCAUGCGAGAGAACCAGGAGCUUCAGCGGCAGCUGGCCCAGAGCAAGCAGGACUUCCGAGACCUCAGGGAGAAAUUCCUUGUAUCCGAAGCUACUGCCUACUCCCUGGCCAACCAGCUGCAGAAAUACCAGUGUGAAGGGGACAGAGACAUCAUUGAAUCCGUGCUGGGGGAGAAGCUAGAGUUUAAGGUGGUGAAGCUGGCAGAGAGGCUGGCAGAGGAUCCAGCGCUGGCGAAGAGGUUCCGGGAAUUGGAUGUCCUGAUUCACGCUCAGGCAAGAGAGCUGACCCAGUUACGGCAGAAGGUGAAGGAAGGGAGGGAUGACUGUGUCCUGCUCGUUCAGCACCUCACCGACCUCCUCACCCACAAAGACCUUGGCAAGGACCAGGGGCAGGGCUUGCGAGAGCAGCUGACUGAGGGACACAGGCUGGCAGAGCGCCUCGCCCGCAAGUUCAGCCCAGAGAGCAAUGAAGACGAGGAGGAGGACGAUGAAGCAGCAGCACUCACCCCCAGCGUGGAAGUGCAGGAGGUUGCAAAGGAGGAGGUGCUACAGGAAUCCCAGGAUGAAUGCAUUUCGACCCCUUCAAUGGUCCAGGAAAGGUCUGACUGCACCCAGCCUUCCGGUGAUGGCACAUGUGCAUCUGAUGAGCCAAAAGUUGGCCCUGCUGCAGAUGGAGCCUGUGCUGGCUCCCGCGCCAAAGAGGAUGACGUUCCCACCCCUCCUCCAGCAGAAAAUCAGAAUGGUCAUGAGGAAGUGGAUGGACAAGAGCCACUGCCCCCCAGCGCGGAGGUGCAGGAGGUUGCAAAGGAGGAAGUGCUCCAGGCGUUCCCAGAUGAAGCUGUUUUGGCUCCUUGCAUUCAGCAGGAAGGUUCUGACUGCUACCCGCCUUGCAGUGAUGGAAAACUGGCAUUUGAUGAACAGAAAAAGGGGUCUGCUCUGCAUGGAGCCUGUGGUUGCUCUCCUGCUGCAGAGGGUGAAAUUCCAGCUGGUCCCCCAGAAAGCCAGAAUGAUCAUAAUGGGGCGAAAGAACCAGAGCCACUUGUCCCCAGGCUCCACGGGAAGCUGCCGCCGAUGGCAGAGUGUGGUGUCCCACAGAACUCACUGGAUGGAAGCGCUUGGUCUUGCCCAGGUCUUCCCGACCUGUCGGACUCCUUCUGGCCUUACAGGAGUGCUGCCACCCUCUCACUUGAGAACGUGGAUGUCCCUGAUGCUCAGGAUGCAACCAGUGACACCUGGGAGGAUUGUCACCAAGUGCCUUUGAGUUUUGGAAGGCCAGAGAUGCAAAGUUCACAAGCUCAGCUGCAGACAAGCACCCAGGUGGCCAAUGAUCUGCAACUGCCCCUCGACCAGCAUUUAGAUCGUGGUGAUGGCAAAGCCAGGCUCCACCUUUCCCCCACCAUCCGGGGAUUUCCUGCCAACACUGAUACCGGGGACCAAGGGCCACUCUUCCAAGAGCUGGGUCUGGAUGCUUCCAUCGGAAUGAAGACCCCUCCCAAGCUGGAGGGUGAGGGCUCAGCUGCCAGCAGGCAGGAGUGUCGCGUGUGUCACCGCCUUCAUGCCUUAAGUUUCCUGAAAGAGAAGAUUAUCCAAAGAAGACUGCAGUUCAGCAAGUGGAGACUGGCCUGCAGAUUCCCUGGCCUCCUUGCUUAGGGUACCGAGGUAUCUGUUACUUCCAGAACUAAGAAGAGUUAUUGCCCAACCCCAAGAAACCACAGCAGAAAAGAUUCCUUUUCCACCUGAUGAGAAAAACCUACAACAGCCAAUCAAGUUGAAGCCCCAAAGGAACACUGGAGGGAUCCUUUCCUGAGAAUCAGCAUCUCAACCAUCACCUCCUCCACCCACCGUUUUUACUCCAAAAGACUGAUCUCAUGAGAGAAAUCCCAGUCAUCGGCCUCCUCCCAGGCUUCGGUGUGAUCAGUCGAUGAGGAGACCAGGGCCCAGGUGGACUACAGUUUGGAGCGACCUUCACCCUUGCUCCUGUCCACAUGCAUCCUCCUCACACAGGCAUCAGGAGCCGCUGGCAGACGGCCCCAUGUCCACCUGGACAUUCUUUGUCGGCACACGGGCUGUGGUCGGAGCAGACGCCCUUAACGGUGCGGUGUUCUUGCCGAAAGUGUUCCGCCUGAGUGUCUUCAUGAGGUAGUUAUCAGACAGCUGCAGAAUGUAGGCCAGUGGCCCAGACACCUGGCCUGUCGUUCUUCAAACAGUCCAUGUCUCCGCAAGGAAGACAACCAACAGGAGAAGAGAGAUUUGGGGUUCUGAAGGACUAAGAAGAUUAUGUGACUAUAAUUCUUGAGUCCUUUUGAACCCCAAACCUCUCCUCACCUUUUGUGAUUGUCUUUGACUGUGGGGACAUUGACUGGUUUGCAGAGGACAAGUCAGUUGUCUGGCUCACAAGUCUGCAUCCUUCAGUUGUCUGAUGAUUUCCUCCUGAUGCAAUUCAGGGGAACGCUUUCGCCAAGAGCACCACCUAGUGCCUGCUGUGUGCUUCCUAGCACAGCCCCGCAGGAGGCUGAGAGUGUCCACACUGCCUGCCACCACUCUUGUCAUUCGAGCAUUGGACGCUUUGUUCUGGAGGGCCCUGUGAGAUCUGUCCAUUGGAAAGACCUGUUUUUCUCUCUCUGAUCAGUCAUUUGCUUAGUGGUGUAUGAAUUGGAGUGUAUGAAUAUCUCAUCCUGUGAUGCUGUUUCUCUAAAAAUUUACUAUCCCUUAUCCAUCCCUGAUGUGUGUCCAUUGUCAUAUUUGUGUUUGUAUAUUGGAAACUUUCUCAUUCAGUCAUUCUUUAUACUUGUAUUGCUGCCGUUGUGCUGUGGAAAAGACAAUCCUUACCUCUUCCAUGUUAUUAAAAUGUUUUUUUUUUUUGAGUUUCACCGUGGAUUCAUUCAUUUUUUAAAUUCAGCGCUAUAAUCCCUUAUUAUUUUAGCAAUACAAUUU